AUGUCAUCUUCAUCUGAAAGAAAUUCCUCAGCUCUCCUUCUUGUUAUCUGCAUUCUCUUCAUUUGCUUCUCCUUGUCGAUCUACCAAAAACCGCCCAUACAUUUCGAUCGCAGGGAACAGUCUACAGUAUUCCCACCUCUGCCAUUCUUUCUCCCCUAUUCAGAACAGCUGAAAUGGAAUAGUCUUCUCUUCCCCCCACACGAUCCCCUUAUCUCUGUUUGGAACGAAGAUGGAACAUUCUCGAACAAACCUUUUUUUCCCUUUGCAACAGAGGAUGCAUCAAACCUUAAAUACAUAAUCGCCUUAUUUUCUUUCUUUCUUUUUUUCUUUCUCUCUUUCUUUCUUUCUUUCUUUCUCUCUUUCUUUCUUUCUCUCUUUAUCUCUUUCUUUCUCUCUUUCUUUCUCUCUUUCUUUCUUUCUCUCUUUCUUUCUUUCUCUCUUUAUCUCUUUCUUUCUUUCUCUCUUUCUUAUUUUCUUUCUUUUUUCUCUUUCUUUCUUUCUUUCUUUCUUUCUUUCUUUCUUUCUUUCUUUCACUGCGCUCAAACAUCCUCUCUGAUAUUUCUUUUUUUCUAUCUAUCUAUCUAUCUAUCUAUCUAUCUAUAUAUAUAUAUAUAUAUCUAUCUAUCUAUCUAUCUAUCAUAA